AUGUAUGCAGCUGGUUUCAGACCUGGUUUUGAUCCCUUAGUUAAAGCAGCUGUGUACGCUUUCAAUGCAACUACAAGGGCAAAGCUUUGGCGGACGCAAGAAGAUCUCACCCAUCAAGGAAAUCUUCCUGCAAUUGAGGAUUUCUUUGCUGAACGUUUUGUGAAUUUAUCUUCUUACACUUUUGAAUCAAACACAGAAAUUGCUUCACACACUGGUGCUCCUUUCCACAUUGAGCACCACACUUCAAAUUCAGAAACUUAUAACGCUUGGAACGUUAGAGUUGUCCCUUCAAGAGGAAAAAUCACUCGAUUUGGCUGUGCUUGCCAGAUCAACCAAACUUUGGUGGAUAUAAUUAAUCAAGUCAAUGAGAUGUGUGUUGAUAUGAACGAUGAGGAGUGGGCAAUUUUUGUGGAACUCUUUUGA